UCAGAGGACUCGCCUCCAGCUCCUGUCCAGCGCAGGGGAGAAAGACCACUUUAAUUCAACACGGCUGCCCUUUAAACUCCGCCAAAUACCUGACGGCAAAGACCGCUUCGCAAUGAAUAAUGUCCCCGGCCUGUCCGCAGCGUGACCGCCUCCGCCAUCGCCCGCUGACCGGACGGCGCCUCGGACCCUGAGUGACUGCGGGCUCGCGCGAGCCUAACCGUACGCAGCUGUCGGUAACCGAAACUCGUCGGUGGCUACCUGACGCUAGCUCGCUUUUGACACAUGAUAUUGACGCACAGUGUACAGGGACAGACCUCCACCGACCCCGACACCACACCGCCGCAAUGGACAAAGACGAGGCAGACCGGCUGAUAGAGAAGGCCAAGCUGUGUUUACGGUCGGGACGGACGGACCGGGCUCUGCAGCUGCUGUAUGAGGCGCAGAAUAUUUACCCCAGCACCCGGGCCAGAGUUCUGAUAGAUGCUAUCCUACGAAACGGAGGCAGCACCGGUCCGGAAACAAACCACGUCCAGCCUCCAGCAGGAUGGAGGGAUGAGGACAUUAGACACCAAGACACAAACAGUGCCAGUGGUGAUGAGAAGAAGAGCUAUACCGAGGACCAGCGGCAGGGUGUCCUCAGGAUAAAGAAUUGCAAGGACUUCUAUGAAAUCCUUGGUGUUCAGAAAAAUGCUACUGAUGAAGAUUUGAAGAAGGCGUACAGGAAGUUGGCCCUGAAGUUUCACCCCGACAAAAACUUUGCUCCAGGAGCCACAGAUGCUUUCAAAGCGAUAGGCAAUGCCUACGCGGUGCUGAGCAACCCGGAGAAGAGGCACCAGUACGAUCAAUACGGAGAUCAGUCUGCAACUCUUAAUGCACCACAGCACUCCACCCACAGUCGCCAUCCUGGACACUACCGAAGUUUCCAUAGAGACUUUGAGGCUGACAUUUCCCCCGAGGAACUCUUUAACAUUUUCUUUGGAGGAAGGUUUCCUACAGGAAACAUUCACGUGUACACCAACCAAGGAGCCUCCUACUCUCAGUUCUAUCAGCCUCGUCGCCGACGCGCUUAUGAAAGGCGCGAAGAGGUGGUGGAGGAAAACCAGAGUCAGAACACCUUCACAGCGCUUCUGCAGCUUCUCCCAGUGCUGGUGCUAAUCCUCAUAUCAGUGUUUACUCAGAUGAUGGCCACUAACCCGCCCUACAGUCUCUUCUAUAAGCCGGCCAUGGGCCUGGUGGUGUCCAGGGAAACGCAGCACAUGGGCGUCCCGUACUACGUGGAUAAAAGUUUUGAGAAGGAGUACCGCGGAGCUGCCCUGGACGAGCUGGAGAAAACUAUCGAAAGCGACUACAUCGAGCACCUGCAGGGCAGCUGCUGGAAGGAGAAACAGCAGAAGUCGGACCUGGCGAACCUCGGCCAGCUGUACCGAGACGAGCGGCUGAAGCAGAAGGCCGAGUCGAUGAGGCUGGACAACUGUGAGAAACUGCACCGGCUGGUGGGGCGCCAGAGAGUGAAGUGAGGACUGUUCUGAAGAGGAGGAAGAAGAGUUUCUUUACAGACUUUUUCCAGUGAUGCAUUUUAGUGAAGUGUGUAAUUUAUCCAAUCCGGCCACUUUGUAAAGAAACGUGUUGGGGUACAGUGCAGUCGGUGGGAGACGGAUCCACUGGAAACAAUGUGCCUUCUCUCCUCUUUGAUGGUAGACGCAGGAGCUGCACGUUAGCUGCCGACGUUGGCUGAGGCGGCGGCGGUGGCGAAACAUUCAGUGCAGACUCACUGUGGCGGUGCGUACGAUGUCUCCGAGCCUUUAAACUUUCUUAUAGAAAUGGCGCGACAUAUAGGGUCUCCCUUUGGGGUCACAACGGCUGGUGUAUGUUCACACAUACAUGUUUUAUCUGUUGGAAUUUUUGUAGUUCACUUUUUUUUUUUCUUCUGUUUUUGAGUCCCUGCUGACAUUUCAAGUGUAUUUAUUUAGUAGUUAAUUGAGCAUCUUUGCUCAUUAUUUUUCUUUGAAGAAAUAUUGAAGUGAAUAUCGAAGGAAGUACUGUGAAUUGAUUCAGAUCGACAAAUCAAUCGGAAUCACACAAAGCAGUCUGCCCUCUGGAAGGCUGAUCUGUGUCAGCCCGAAGCGUAACCACAAUUGUCUGGUUUUUGUUCUUAACAUAAAUGGUUUUUCUUGCCAGAAAAAAAAAAAAGCAAGCUGUGUCCCACACCAGAGCCUCCAGCCGGCUGCACUGCUGCUUGCUUCAGUCAUUUAGCUUCUGCCGUUCAGGAACAAGUGUUUCAGCUGCUGGUUCAAGCCUGAAGAACAGGGUGACGGGUUGAGGAGGACUCAUUGGCACAAUGUUUCGUUUUGUUUUUUUUUUCUUUCUUUUUUUUUUUUUUUUAACAUUAGACAUCUGAAAAAUAAGCUGAAAUAGCAGUUUCCGUUAACUUAAACUGAAACCUCCACAUAUGUAGUAACAUGUUGAACUGUUAGUUUCUUCAGAUUUUGGUCCUUGAGAGGAUUUUCCACAUGUUUUGGUGGAGUUUCAAGUUGUGAGAGUGAGUGAUGUGAAGAUGCUCUGCAGCCUCGCCAACAUAGGUCAGUAGUUGCUACAGCCGAACCCUACAGUCCAGUGUUGUUGCCACUUUUUUUUUUUCUUUUUAACUAGAAUUUUAUUUAUUACAAAGGAGGUCAGUUCAACAUAAUACCCCUUCCACAGUGUUCCAUCCUUAGUAUGUUUUCCGUUGUGGCGGCAUGCAAUAUUGUCUUUAAUUAUUUAACUCAUUCAAUAUUAAUGCACAACCUUCUUUUUUUCUAUUUCACAAAGUUGACUUCUACUCCUGAUAUAUCGUGCUUUCUAAAUCUCGGACUCCUGAUUUCUAUAGGUCUUUUAUAAAA